AUGAAAAAGCAGAGGUUGGUCAACCUGAAACCCUUCGAGUUCUCUCCCACUAGAGCUCGAGAAUGGAAGAGGGUACUCAACGAAUUCAAGGACGAUAUAAGUGAUGUGCAAACUCCUCUGAUCAAGAACGACGAACUCGAAGACCUGGUCACAUUUGUUGGUUACCCAGUUCUUUCUAUUUGCUUGCAUGCCCCCUUUUUCCUGUAUUACUUGUCUACUGGCGCAGAUGAAUAUCCCCACAUUAGUUGGGAAGCUAUGCUUAACGCGAUUGUUGGUCACAGAUCUACUGAGCUUUUCGCGAAAGUGCGCGGCCUGGAUUUUGAGACUCCUAUGGAGCGGACUCAUCCCCGCUGGCACCUCCUAGACACUUAUCUUGUCAAGGACCAGACCCAAUUACCGCGGAUGUUUGGCACCAGACCCACCGGAGGGUUUGAGUUCCACAAUACCACAGCAAUUAUUCAGGCUGGCCCACCGAAAAAGCACUGGGCAAUGCCGCAGGACCCCCGAGCGGCGGCUGUCACAUGUAAAAUCACUUAUACAGUUGGUGCAGGCCUGACCCACGUGCCAGGCUAUACCCAGGGCGACGUUCGAACGGAAGACCAAAUCGACAUCGGCGACUCGACCCUGUUGCCUGGAUACCAGUGGCCAAACCAGGCUCGGUGGCCUAGCGAUGACCCUAGAGAAGACGGGUACGAAAAGCCAUGCUUGUGUUGUGACACGAAACGAGGACCUGUACGAAAAACUCAAUCAAGACGAACAUAUCCAGCGGCUUGCAAUUGUACACUUGACAAGUAUCGCAAGAAGCGGUUCGAUGAUAAGGACAUGAAGGGUGACGUCGAGCCCGUCCUCUUUGAGCUGGUCACAUCGUAUCGAAUGGGCACAGGGGUGAAAGCGCUUCAGAAUAUCUUUACCGACGAGAUUCUUGGCAUCUACGAGGGCGAGAUGUAUCCUCGAAGCAAGCUUGACGAAGCUGCCCGCAACGCACUGUUCGGCACCAACGUAAACGACGACACCUGCCAGCCUGACCGUUACGGUGGUGCAGCGGGCAAUGCGUAUAUCAUGAAUGCGUACAUGAGCAAACGUCAUCCAAAGCACGAGCCCCAACCGAAGAAGCGAAAAGCUUCUUCCGAUGACACAAUUGUAACUGAGCGAGAUGUCGAGCUGCUACCAUUGGACGCUAAUGAGUGGAAAACAUACUCGAUCGACUCAGCUAUCCGCGGCAAUUGGACACGUUACAUCAACCACAGCUGCAAUCCGAAUACCCGUUAUGAGACAGUGCAGAUCGGACAGAAAAGCCUCAUGGUCGUCCAAGCGAUGCGGGAUAUCAGUUUCGGAGAAAUCCUGACCGUCGACUACAACGAGAGCUACUUCCCUCACAUGCCAUACCGCUGCAAGUGCGGCACGGAAUACUGCUAUCAGUGGAAUAAUGCUGAUCCUUUUGGUCUCAAGAAGCAGACGCUGGCCAUGGCCAUGCAGAAAAAGAGUGGCGGUCCUCGCUGGGUUCGCGACAAGGCUGAUCCGGAUCAUGGGAAGUUUCCUUUCCCGGUGCCUCAAGGUUCGGCGGGCGCGCCGGGUCGGGAGGGUAGGCAAGAUAGGCUGCGAUGGAUUGAUGUUAUGAGGAAGAAGAUGGGAUUGGCGAAGACCAACGAUCAUGGGCAGGAAAUUGUACCUAAGCCUGGGCCAAGGACAGCAGCAAAGGGCGGCAAAAAGACGGCGACGAAUGCUGCGCCAUUGAACGCGGCGGGAGGCAAGAUGAGUGCUACGGGAGCGGGUGUAGCGCGGACUGCUGCGAAGCGAGGCAGGAAGAGACAGUGA